GUCUGCAAUGACAGCAGCACUCAUGUGACCGAAUGUUUCUCUGCUCGAAUGAUAAAAUCAGCAACACACUAUAUAUUUGUCUCUUCGCCGGCUGCUUUUAAGUGAAAAGAACAGAACAUGACUGUCAAAAGAUUUUCUUCUCGUUAGCCACAACGGACAACGAACACGACGAACCUGACCAGUGGCAUUUACAACCAAGAGACAGUUUGUAAAGACUUUCUCAACCAUGUCUCCCCUCUCAGGAAUCUGCUAAUGGUUGCUGUGGCCUGACUAGUGCUGCUGCAGAUGCCCGAGAUGCCACAGUGACCUGAUUCUAAACCAAAACCACAAUCUGAAAAGUGCAAUGCCGCUUCAAAAUGACUACUCCAUCAAUACAGCGCCCCCUGAUGAGGAGGACUGCGAGCUGCUUGUCCCGCCUGAUACAGUGCCGCCUCAGUGCUGCUCAGCACGACUGAACCUUGCAGUGCUAAUGUUCUUCGGUUUCACUGUGGUAUACGGUCUCCGUGUCAACCUCAGCGUAGCAAUGGUUGCCAUGGUGAACAACACUGAACCAUCCCCGCGAACCAACAACUCGAACUCAUCCAAACACAUGUGUCCUCUACCCGGGACCAACCACAGUGGGACAGGCUUCACUCAGCCAGAUGAGGUGCCCGUGUACUCGUGGGACUCGGAGACCCAGGGCUGGCUGUUGGGUGCCUUCUUCUUUGGGUACUUGUGCACUCAGAUCCCUGCAGGGUAUCUGGCCGGACACUAUGGAGGGACCAAAUUUCUGGGGUUUGGGGUUUUAGGCACAGCGGCUCUGACCCUGCUCACUCCUCUGGCUGCAGAGUGGGGCCCCAGCUGGCUGUUCGGACUCAGAGCACUAGAGGGCUUUGGAGAGGGCGUGACAUUCCCGGCCAUGAUGGCAAUGUGGGCGCGUUGGGCUCCUCCUUUGGAGCGCUCCAGACUCAUGUCCUUCUCAGGCUCUGGAGGAAACUUCGGGGCCUUCGUGGCUCUGCCUUUAACCGGCUUCAUCUGUCAGACUCUGGGCUGGCCUGCUGUAUUCUACCUCUGUGGAGGGGCUGGGUGUGUGUGGGCUGUGUUCUGGUUCGCUCUUGUAUCAGACGACCCUCGCACUCACAAACGCAUCAGUGAAGAGGAGAGAGAGUACAUCAUCAAUUCUAUUGGACCCCAGGGCACAGGUCAUGGCUGGAGGGUGCCUCUUGGGUCCAUGGUGACUUCUGUUCCUCUUUGGGCCAUUAUCAUCACUCAGAUGUGCUCAAACUGGUCAUAUUACACUCUGCUCACCUCACUGCCCGCGUACAUGGAUAACAUCCUGCACUUUGAUCUGCAGUCGAAUGGGUCCCUGUCUGCUCUGCCGUACCUCGGGGGCUGGCUUUUCUCGUCUCUCUCUGGAGUUGCGGCCGACCUCCUCAUCGAGAAAAGGGUCUUCAGAGUCACGGUCACACGCAAGAUCUUCACCACUGUGGGUAUGGUGCUGCCCUCAGUCUUCCUGGUCGGUGUGUGUUAUGUGGGCUGCAGUCACAUUUGGACUGUGCUGUUUCUCACUCUCUCCACCACCACAGGGGGCGCAGGUGCUGCCGGAGUCUAUAUAAACCAGAUAGACAUUGCCCCCAGAUAUGCAGGAUUUCUGCUAGGAAUCACCAACACAUUUGGGACCAUUCCUGGCAUAGUUGCACCAAUUGUUACUGGAUACUUCACUGAAGAUCACUCUCUAGAUGGUUGGAGGAGGGUCUUCUGGCUCGCUGCUGGGCUCCAAAUCGGUGGAGCCAUUUUUUACAUAAUUUUCGGUAGUGGUAGACUUCAGAAAUGGGCCAUGACUGAUGAGGACAGAGCAGAGGCCGAGAAGAGGAGAAGCACGUCUAUAUGUACAUGAAAAUAGACCAAACCCUGCUUUAAAUGGACAGAAUGUUUAACAAUUUUGUUUUCAUAUCAAAAGUUCACAGUUUUGAGCAGUUUUUAAUCUACUAUUUACUUUGUGCUUUUAAUUGGGAGAACACACUCUAUUUUACAUUUAUUUUAAUUGGCUUUUAUAUAUUUUAACAUUUUAUUAAUGCAUUUUUGUCCAUAAUUAAACCUACAUUUGCACAUGUCAUAAAAUUUGCACUAUAAGAUUGCAAUGCAGUACCUCAGAUUAUACAUUUUAAUUCAGCUGUGAUCUAAUUAAUGUUUAUAGAAAUAUUUUCAAGUUACUUUUAUUUAAAUUGUAUUCGGUUUGUGAAACUUCUAAGAGGCACUUUACCUUAAACAUACCAUAAAUGCCUUAAAAACAUUUAGUACAAUAAUAACACAGUCUCAUUACAUUUUUAUUCCAAAAAAGCUUUAUUGUAUCAAGUGCAAUUUUGUGUAUUUUCUGCAUAUUUUCUAUCACAUUUUCUAUCAAAACAAAGAUAUAUUUCUACAGGUAUACUUUUUUCCACCACUCUGGGCUCAUAUUUUAAAGAUAUUUUGAAAUGUAUCAAACUCCUACCCUCAACUGUUCCAAAGUUUAGUACAUAAGUAAAUGUGUGAAUAAUGAACUGUCAGAACAUAUACUACCAAUCAAAAGUUUAAACAUACCAUCUCAUUCAAUAUUUUUUUCCUUUAUGUUUACUACUUUAUAUACUUUAUUUAAAGAUGUGUGGAAUUAUGUAGUAAACAAAAAGAGUUAAAUGACUCAACAAAAUAUUUUCUAUAUUUUAUAUUAUAGUUCUUCAAAGUAGCCACUAUUUGCUUCAUCGAAAGUGCCCUCUUGGCAGUGCAAAGUCUUGGCAUACUCUCAAUGAGCUUUUUGAUGAAGCCAAGCCUCCAAAGCAGUCAUCAAAGCAAAGGGUGCUAUAUUUUUAUUUUUAUUUUUUGUUAUUUUGAGUUAAUAUUUCGUGGGAAUGACAUAAAUAACCAUGAAAUAAAUAAAUAAAUAAAAAUUAAACAGUGCAUCCAAACUUUUGACAGGUAGUGUAUAUCUGACACUAACGCACAAUUGUUGUCAUUUGGGUGAAAAAGGUUGUGAUUGUUUACUUUCGUCCUCUUGAAAUAUGCAAAUAUGUGGAAAUGUUUACAUGUUUUAUAAGACUUUGUACAAAGAAAAAAAUGAAGAUGUUUUACUACUGGAAUUAAAGCUACUAUAGGG